CGCAGCUUCCCUUCAAUUGAGAUUUGAGCAUACCAAACUAACUCAAGUUACUGUUGGGAGGUGAAAAUAUUUUUCACGUUUUCACACAAGGAGGUGUGUUUAGAUGUCCAGUCAGCUGAACUGGAGAGGUUCGACAUGGAAACAUGGAGUAACUUUUGGUUUUCUGGGGAAAAUUCCGAUGAAUAAUCAAGGAUGGCCAAAUUUACUGCCCUGGCAGGAGCACUUUGGCCUAUAUCUGUUAGCUAAUCGUAUUUGUUCAGAAGCUGCCCUGGCAGGUCGCCUUCUCUAAAACCCAAAGGAUUUCAGCUAGCUUCCAUUGAGGCGUUUAAGGUCCUAAUUGAUCUUCGCUCCCACAAUUUUGGCUGUGAACUGCUAAAAUAUCAGCUAGAUUUUCCAAAUGGAUGGUGUGCUUGGAAAUUGAUUUUCUAGAUGAGCACUUUGGAUAUAAUGGCAGGUGAAGCAGUAAAUGUGAAGGAGAUCCAAGAAUUGGCAAGGGAAGCCCUUCCAAAAAUGCACUAUGAUUUUUAUGCUGGUGGAGCUGAGGAUGAGUACACUUUAAAAGAGAACGUGAAAGCAUUUAGUAGAAUCACGAUCCUGCCCAGAAUUCUUCUGGAUGUAAGCAGAAUAGAUUUGUCAACUUCCGUAUUGGGGUACAAUAUCUCGGCGCCCAUUAUGAUUGCUCCAACUGCCUUGCAUAAGCUGGCACACCCAGAAGGAGAGGUUGCCACAGCCAGAGCAGCAGCUGCAUGUAAAACCGUAAUGGUUCUAUCCUUCACGUCUUCCUGUACUGUGGAGGAGGUUGCUUCCAGCUGCAAUGCUGUUCGAUUCUUUCAAUUAUAUGUAUACAAGAGGCGAGAUAUAGCAGCUGUUUUGGUGCAGAGAGCUGAAAAAAACGGAUACAAGGCUCUUGUCCUAACUGCUGAUGUGCCCAGACUUGGUCGAAGGGAGGCCGACAUAAGAAACAAAAUGGUUGCACCUCGAUUGAAGAAUCUUGAGGGUCUCUUAUCAAUUGAAGCUGGAUUUGAUAAUGGUUCAAACUUAGAAGCUUAUGCUAACGAGACAAUGGACGCUUCCUUGAGUUGGAAGGACAUAGAAUGGUUAAGAUCAAUUACAAACAUGCCAAUUCUUAUCAAGGGAAUACUUACUCGUGAAGAUGCAAUAAAGGCUGCAGAAGUAGGUGUUGCUGGGAUUGUUGUCUCCAAUCAUGGAGCUCGCCAGCUUGAUUAUACUCCUGCUACUAUUACUGUCCUGGAAGAGGUGGUUCAUGCUGUUGGAGGUAAAGUUCCUGUUCUCUUUGAUGGAGGAGUGCGGCGAGGAACGGACAUCUUCAAGGCAUUAGCCCUUGGGGCACAAGCUGUCCUUAUUGGAAGGCCUGUUAUCUUUGGGCUGGCAGCAAAGGGGGAAUAUGGGGUGAGACGAGUCAUCCAAAUGCUGAAGGAUGAGCUUGAGCUCACCAUGGCGCUAUCCGGCUGUCCAAGUGUGAAGGAUAUUACUAGAAGCCAUGUGAGGACAGAGCGUGAAAGACUCCCUUCAAUGCUUUAAUGUUAUAUUAUUGAAGCAUUAAGAUUGUAUGGUGGAGAUAAAUGACUCAGACCAUCAAUCAUACAUGAAAUUAUGUAAUGGAUUUUCUGAUUGGAUAGUUAAUCAUAGCCAGGUAUACAUUCAUACUCAGGUCUGGAAUA